UGAAGAGUACGUCUCCUCGGAGUGUGUUUACAAGUGUUCAGUUCCCCCCUCGGAGUGUUUUCGUUCCUCCAGAAGUCCCAGCUCCAGCGGUCCGGUCCAGUAUGGGUUUAGAAGCCUGGUACAUUGACAGUUCUGACGAGGACCAGAGGAAGCCGCACCGGUUGAACCCCAACCAGCCUGUUUCCCUGGACCAGUUAAAGAAACUCGGAGUUUUUUACUGGAAGCUGAACGCUGACAUCUAUGAAACGGACCCGGAGCUGGAGCAGAUUCGGAAGAACCAGGGUUACACCUACAUGGACAUCAUUACAAUUCAUAAGGACACGCUGCCCAACUUUGAGGAGAAGCUGAAGAUGUUCUUCGAGGAGCAUUUACAUCUAGAUGACGAGAUCCGCUACAUCCUGGACGGCCAGGCCUACUUCGACGUCAGGGAUAAGGAGGACCGGUGGAUUCGGAUUGCCAUGAGUAAGGGAGACCUGAUCACCCUGCCGGCCGGCAUCUACCACCGCUUCACCCUGGACGAGACGAACUACACUAAAGCCAUGCGGCUGUUUGUGGGUGAGCCGGUGUGGAAGGCGUACAACAGGCCGGCCGACGACCUGGACGUCCGGCACACGUACAUGGCUUCUCUGCAGGGAUCCUGACAUUUUAAUCUGACCACUGAAAACUUAAAAUAAAACUCUAAUGUCACUGCUGAGAUUACAGUAGAUUCAUAAGUAGA